UAUUGGCUCAUACACGUGCCAAUCCUAAAGUGCCAAUUCUCUAGGUUGGCUGAACCCCUUGUAUAAUAUUAUUACUGGGGACCAGGCUAAAAGUAGAAAUGUUGCGGAUCCGCGACACUGGGAAAGGCUGAAUGGAAUCAACAUUGAGCACAAAUAACAUUCGUCAACACUCAACCGGAGCACCCAAAACAUUGUCUUACAAAAAUACUGGCUUCUUGUAGUUCUCCCUAGACGUCCUGACCCUCAGCCUCCCCAUGCCUCCAUCUCCCCUCGAUGACAGAAUUGUGGUGGCGCUGCCAAGGCCGAUCCGACCUCAGGAACUCCGAUUGUGCCUGGACACCAGUUACCUGGACACCACCGUCACCAGCCACAGCAGCAAGGCAACGGUCAUCAGCACCACGGUGGUGAAGAUCCGGGCGACCAACCUCACGUAUAUGCCCUCAUCCAACGGCUCCACGCGCUCCCUGUCGUGUGGAUGCAGCAGUGCCAGCUGCUGCUCUGUCACCACCUACGAGAAGGACAGCCAGUACAACCAGCGCCACCAGCAGAGCCACCAGAGCCACGUGAGCCAGGUGAGCGCCAGCAGCCCCAACCUCAGUUAUGCUGGACCCACCUCUUCCUCCAACCCCAUGGGCAUGGUCCACCAUGAGGCCUUUAGUGACCCCAGUCUCACCUCAGGCUCACCCAAGGCUCUAGGGUCCACCAUCCGGGUCAUCAACCCCAAUGAGCUGGCCAAGCGAAUGGCCAGAUGCCCCAUGGGACACCUGGUCGGGCCGGUCCCGGUCAUCAUCGAUUGCCGACCCUUCAUGGAGUACAACAAGAGCCACAUCCAGGGAGCGGUACACAUCAACUGUUCAGACAAGAUCAGCCGGCGGCGGCUGCAGCAGGGCAAGAUCACAGUGUUGGACCUCCUGUCAUGCCGCGAGUCUUCCGGCAAGGACUCCUUCAAAAGCAUCUUCUCCAAAGAGAUCGUGGUGUAUGACGAAAAUACCAUGGAUCCCCAGAGGGUGACUUCCUUGCAGCCCCUCCAUGUGGUCCUGGAUUCGCUGAGGAGGGAGGGCAAGGACCCCAUCGUUCUCAAAGGGGGCCUCUGCUCCUUUAGACAGAACCACCAGAGCCUGUGUGACCACUCCCUCCACCUCCACGAGAGCCUGGACGCCAGCAUGGGCGUCAGUGGGGCCUCCGGCCACACGGGGGUGCUCCCUCACUCCAUGUCCCUGCCCUCCACGCCGGACAUCGAGAAUGCCGACCUGACUCCAAUUCUGCCCUUCCUCUACUUGGGCAAUGAGCACAACGCGCAGGACGCCCACACGCUGAAGCGCUACAACAUCAGCUUCGUCCUUAACGUUACCACCCACCUGCCGCUCUACCAUUACGAUACGGGUCUCUUCAGCUACAAGCGGUUGCCCGCAACUGACAGCAACAAGCAGAACCUGCGCCAGUACUUUGAGGAGGCAUUUGAAUUCAUCGAGGAAGCACGGCAAGCAGGGACGGGCCUCUUGAUCCACUGCCAGGCGGGUGUGUCUCGCUCGGCCACCAUUGUCAUCGCCUACCUGAUGAAGCACACCUGGAUGACCAUGACAGACGCCUACAAGUUCGUCAAGACUCGGCGGCCCAUCAUUUCACCCAACCUUAACUUCAUGGGCCAGCUGCUUGAGUUCGAGGAGGACUUGAACAACGGUGUCACGCCGCGCAUCCUCACGCCAAAGCUCAUUGGGGUGGAGACCAUGGUUUAAGGAGGACACCUGCCAUUCCUGCUUUAGGAGGACAUCCAACAGGCUACUCUGAUUCUGAGAGAGAAAUCUUUAUUUCAGAAUCUCCUAAUCAUGCUCUUUUGGGACUGUCACAGGAGUGCCAACGUUCUUGAGAUGAGACACGUCAAAAAUCCCAGCUGUUCUGAACUGGCCGACUUCCCGGAGGAACAGCAGUGUUGGGGAGAGAAAACGGUCAGUGGAAAGCUGUCUGUGCAUGACAACGGAGGAGCAAAAACAUGGAAGGAAAAGAAAAUAGAUGAACUAUUUUGAAAGAAAAAAACACCAUGUUCUGUGGGGACUGAGCAAUUUAGUAGUUAUAGAAACUGAACUCUUCAGGCUCACACUGUGCUGUGGCUCAUGGUUAAUGUUG